CCCGAGCCCGAGCGGAGAUAGCGCGGCCGCGCGGACGCAGGGAGGAGGGCAGCCCCAGGCGGUCGCGGAGGCCGGUCAUGGCCGCGGGGCCGCCCGCGGAGCGGCUGCGCGACGAGGCCCGGUGCCCCGUGUGCCUGGACUUCCUGCAGGAGCCGGUCAGCGUGGACUGCGGCCACAGCUUCUGCCUCGGGUGCAUCUCCGAGUUCUGCGAGAGGUCGGACAGCGCGCAGGGCGGCGUCUACGCGUGUCCGCAGUGCCGGGGCCCCUUCCGGCCCGCGGGCUUCCGGCCCAACCGCCAGCUGGCGGGCCUGGUGGAGAGCGUGCGGCGGCUGGGGCUGGGCGCGGGGUCCGUGGGGCCCGCGGGGGCGCGGAGGUGCGCGCGGCACGACGAGGACCUCAGCCGCUUCUGCGAGGAGGACGGCGCGGCGCUGUGCUGGGUGUGCGACGCCAGCCCGGAGCACGCCACGCACCCCACCGCGCCGCUGCAGGACGCCGCCGGCCGCUACCAGGUACAGCUCCAGAUGGCUCUGGAACUUGUGAGGAAAGAGAUGGAGGAGGCCUUGGCUCUGGAGGCCGACCUGGGGAAAAAGACUGUCGUUUGGAAGGAGAAAGUGGAAAUGCAGAGGCAGCGCUUCCGCUUGGAGUUUGAGAAGCAUCGUGGCUUUCUGGCACAGGAGGAGCAACUGCAGCUGCGGCGGCUGGAGGAGGAGGAGCGAGUGACCCUGCAGAGACUGCGUGAGAGCAGGGGCCGGCUGGCCCAGCAGAACAAGGCCCUGAAGGAGCUGGCAGAUGAGCUGGAGGAGAGGUGCCAGCGCCCAGCCCUGGGUCUGCUGGAGGGUGUAAGAGGAGUCCUGAGCAGAAGUAAGACUGUGACAAGGCUGGAAGCAGAGAACAUCCCCAUGGAACUAAGGACAGCAUGUCGCAUCCCCGGGAGGAGGGAAAUGCUGAGGAAGUUCCAAGUGGAUGUAAAGCUGGAUCCCGCCACGGCGCACCCCAGUCUGCUCUUGACUGCUGACCUGCGCAGUGUGCAGGAUGGAGAGCUGUGGAGGGAUGUCCCCAGCAACCCUGAGCGAUUUGACACGUGGCCUUGCGUCCUGGGUUUGCAGUCCUUCUCAUCGGGAAGGCACUACUGGGAGGUGCAGGUGGGAGAAAGAGCGGAGUGGGGAUUAGGGGUCUGUCAAGACACACUGGCAAGAAAGGGGGAAACCACCCCGUCUCCCGAGAACGGGGUCUGGGCCCUGUGGCUGCUGAAAGGGGAUGAGUACAUGGUCCUUGCCUCCCCAUCAGUGCCUCUCCUUCGACUGGAAAGUCCUCGCUGCGUGGGGGUUUUCUUGGACUAUGAAGCCGGUGAAGUCUCAUUUUACAAUGUCACAAACGGCUCUUAUAUCUACACAUUCAACCAGCUCUUCUCUGGUGUUCUUCGGCCUUACUUUUUCAUCUGUGAUGCAACUCCUGUUGCCUUGCCACCUGUGACGGCGGCAGAGUCAGGAAAUUGGGCAUCCGGGGAUCAUUUAGAUCCUGCUUCUCAUGUAAGACAUGAUCGUCUCUAA